UGCUGCUGGGCCCUAUACCUGUCACUGUCAAAAAUUUGUUUAUGUCUCAACCUAACCUGUGUUGUUUUGUGAGUCAUGUUUGUCCGAAAAAUUCCCCGUAAUGUUUAAAAACACCUUCCAAAGUGGCUUUCUCUCGAUUCUGUACAGUAUCGGUAGUAAGCCGCUUCAGAUCUGGGAUAAGAAAGUAAAAAACGGCCACAUUAAAAGGAUAACCGAUGAGGAUAUCCAGUCCCUGGUCCUGGAAGUGGUCGGGUGUAAUGUUAGCACCACUUACAUCACCUGCCCCGCCGACCCCAGGAAGACCCUAGGAAUCAAACUCCCUUACUUAGUCAUGAUUGUGAAAAAUCUCAAAAAAUAUUUCACUUUUGAAGUCCAAAUUUUAGACGAUAAGAACGUACGACGGAGGUUCAGGGCUAGCAAUUAUCAGUCAACAACAAGGGUCAAGCCGUUUAUUUGUACAAUGCCAAUGAGGCUAGACGAAGGCUGGAACCAAAUCCAGUUCAAUGUGGCUGAUUUUACACGACGUGCCUAUGGGACCAACUAUGUGGAGACGCUAAGGGUCCAAGUCCAUGCCAACUGCCGCAUAAGACGAGUCUACUUCUCGGACAGAUUGUAUUCAGAAGACGAACUUCCAGCCGAAUUUAAACUGUUCCUACCAAUCCAAAAUAAGACACGAACUGCGGUUGCAGCGCAGUAAACAUUUUAGGACCGGACAUUAGGUUUUUUUGUUGUAAUUUGAACAAAUUGCUUUUUAAACUCAUUAGGUAACACAAAAUUGUAUGCAAUCAUCAUUUUAGACACAAUAAACUUCAUCUUUCACAAAAA